AUGGAUGCUCCAGUAAUCGAAGAAGAGGACGAGGAGGCGUUAGCCUCUCUCGUCCCCAUCCCUCCACGUCGCAAGACGCAUUCCUACAGCAUGCAAUUCGACCACCAGAAGCCUCACCACCAGAUCCGCAAACACAGCCUCGACGAGGUCCAACGCUCCACCACCUUAGGAAACGACGCCGUUUACUUCGACUCCUCCGACGACGAAUUCUCCACCGGAGGACUCAUCGUCAGCACCACCGAAACCGUCUCCGACUCCGUCAACGGCGAGGAUUACGCCGUCGUCACGCCUCCUCCAAACGCCGUCGUCGGAGACGACGGCGUCGAGCCGCUCCCGGAGUUUAUCGGCGCCGGAGGCGGCGCCGGGAUCUUUAAAGCUCCGGUGCGGGCGGCGGUGCAUCCCGGACGGCCGCCGUGUCUCGAGCUGAGGCCGCAUCCGUUGAGGGAGACGCAGACCGGGAAGUUCUUGAGGAACAUUGUUUGUACGGAGACGCAGUUAUGGUCUGGUCAAGAGAACGGCGUGCGGGUUUGGAACAUUGAUGACGUGUACGAGGGAGGGUGUGGGAUUGGUGGACAAGUACGUCGUGGGGAUGAGGAUACGGCGCCGUUUCAUGAAUCUGUUGCUACUUCACCUACAGUGUGUUUGGUUGCUGACCAGAGCAAUAAGCUUUUGUGGAGUGGGCAUAAGGAUGGUAAGAUCAGGGCUUGGAAGAUGAUGGAUCAGGAGACGACUUGUGAGGCUUCUGAUGAUGUUUCAGAGCCUUUUAAGGAACGUAUCUCGUGGCUAGCUCAUCGUGGUCCUGUGAAUUCUAUUGUCAUUAGCUCUUAUGGUGAUAUGUGGUCAUGUUCUGAAGGAGGUGUGAUUAAAAUAUGGCCUUGGGAUUCGUUAGAGAAAUCUCUUUUGCUUAAACCGGCGGAGAAACACAUGGCUGCGUUGUUAGUGGAGAGAUCUGCCAUUGAUCUCAGGACUCAAGUUACUGUGAAUGGGACAUGUAGCAUAUCUUCCUCAGAGGUCAAGUUUUUGUUAACGGAUUUAGUAAGAGCUAAAGUGUGGGCUGUGCAGUCACUCUCAUUCUCAAUAUGGGAUGCUCGGAGUAAAGACCUAUUGAAAGUCUUAAACGUUGACGGGCAAGUUGAGUGUCGUGUAGACACGCCACCUACACAAGACCAACAAGGCGACGAUGAGACAAAACUAAAGUUCUUCUCAGCUUCAAAAAAGGAGAAACCACAGGGGUUUCUACAACGAUCACGUAAUGCUAUCAUGGGAGCUGCAGGAGCUGUUCGCCGAGUGGCCACUAGAAGUGCAGGAGGGUUUGCGGAAGACACAAGGAAGACAGAAGCUAUUGUCUUAGCUGUAGACGGAACUAUUUGGACAGGUAACAUGAGUGGUCAGAUUGUGCAAUGGGAUGGUAAUGGAAGCCGCUUGAGAGAUGUGAAUCACCACCACAAACCUGUUCUGUGCUUUUGUACUUUUGGUGAUAGAAUCUAUGUGGGUUAUGCUAGUGGAUACAUCCAGGUUUUGGAUCUUGAUGGGAAGUUAAUGGCGAGCUGGGUCUCACAUAAUGAGCCUGUGAUAAAGUUAGCAGCGGGUGGUGGUUUUAUUUUUAGUUUGGCUACUCAUGGUGGAGUAAGAGGAUGGUAUGUGACAUCUCCAGGACCCAUGGAUAACAUAAUCAGAACAGAGCUGUCUCAGAAGGAAGGUUUAUAUGCUAGAAAAGAUAGUGUUAGGAUUUUGGUUGGUACUUGGAAUGUUGGUCAACGACAGGCUUCACAUGAUGCGCUUAUGUCUUGGCUGGGCUCUGUUAGUUCAGAUGUUGGUAUUGUCGUUGUUGGGUUGCAAGAAGUGGAUAUGGGGGCAGGUUUCCUUGCCAUGUCUGCUGCUAAGGAAACGGUUGGACUUGAAGGAAGUGUUGUGGGGCAAUGGUGGAUUGAUGCAAUUGGAAAAGCACUUGAUGAGAAGAACACUUUUGAGCGUAUGGGUUCAAGACAGUUGGCAGGGCUUCUUAUAUCUCUUUGGGCGAGAAAGGAGAUUAGAACUCAUGUUGGAGAUCUUGAUGUUGCAGCUGUCCCAUGUGGCUUUGGCCGUGCCAUUGGCAACAAAGGAGGUGUAGGAUUAAGAAUCAGAGUUUAUGACAGAAUCAUGUGCUUUGUGAACUGCCAUUUAGCUGCACAUUUGGAAGCAGUUAACCGCAGAAACGCUGAUUUCAAUCACAUUUUCCGGUUAAUGGUGUUUUCCAAAGGACAAAACCUAAGUAACACUGCAGCUGCUGGUGUCUCAACAACAGCUUAUACACUAAAAACUACCACUGUAUGUAUCUUUAUCAAUAUCACCAUUACUAAAACAUGUUUUUGUACUGAACAUGUUUCUCUGUUUCACCAGAAUCCAAGCACUGGCACUGAAGAAGUCAAGUCUGAUUUAGCAGCAGCAGACCUGAUCGCAUUUUUCGGAGAUUUUAACUAUAGACUGUUUGGUAUAACCUAUGAUGAAGCCAGAGACUUCAUUUCACAGAGAUCCUUUGACUGGCUCAGAGAAAGAGACCAACUUAGACAAGAGAUGAAAGCUGGCAAAGUCUUCCAAGGAAUGCGUGAGGCAUUAAUCACAUUCCCUCCCACUUACAAAUUCGAAAGGAAUAAAUCAGGCCUUGGAGGUUAUGAUUCAGGAGAGAAGAAGCGAAUCCCUGCAUGGUGUGACCGAGUUAUAUACAGAGACACACAAGCAAGUCCUUUCUCAGAGAGCAACUUACAAUGCCCUUUAGUUUCAUCGGUUAUAAUGUAUGAAGCUUGCAUGGAUGUUAUUGAGAGUGAUCACAAGCCUGUACGCUGCAAAAUUCAUGCAACUAUAGCUCACGUUGAUAAAUCUGUGAGGAGACAGGAGCUUGGGAACAUAAUAAGAACCAAUGAGAAAAUAAGAUCUAUAUUUGAGGAUCUAAAGUUUGUUCCAGAAACAACUGUGAGCACUAACAACAUUGUCACGCCAGCAGCAGGGAUAAUAAGCCCGGAAGGAACCGUGGAUGUUAAGGUUCAUCAUGAAGAUUUUCAGACAAUGGAAGAGUGUGUUGAUGGCAUCCCACAGAGUUGGUGGUGUGAAGACACACGAGAUAAAGAAGCAAUCCUGAUGGUGAACAUUAGAGGAAGCUGCUCAACUACAAUGACAAGCCACACUAUCAAAGUCCGUCACUGCUACUCAGCUAGACUAUGCCUCCUUGAAUCCAAACCCAAAAACCUAACAAAGAACCUAGGUGGUUCACGUCGUCAAAGCCGUCAUGGAGGAAGCACUAGACCCAAAACUGAAGACUCAGUUAGCCGAGGUAGAAGCUAGUAAUG